AUGGAGGAUUCAGGCAUCCAGAGAGGCAUCUGGGAUGGAGAUGCCAAAGCUGUUCAACAAUGUCUGACAGAUAUUUUUACCAGUGUAUAUACAACCUGCGACAUCCCAGAAAAUGCCAUAUUCGGUCCCUGUGUUCUGAGCCAUACUUCCCUGUAUGACAGCAUAGCCUUCAUAGCCCUCAAGUCCACGGACAAGAGAACAGUACCUUAUAUCUUUCGGGUAGACACUUCGGCGGCAAAUGGUUCCUCAGAAGGUCUCAUGUGGCUGCGGCUGGUCCAAUCAGCCAGAGAUAAAGAAGAACAGAAUCUCGAAGCUUACAUAAAAAACGGACAGCUGUUCUACCGCUCUCUCCGCAGGAUUGCCAAAGACGAGGAAUUAUUAGUUUGGUACGGCAAAGAACUGACUGAGUUACUCUUGCUCUAUUCCUCUAGAUCCCACAAAAUGAACGGGUCGUCCCCUUACACAUGCCUGGAAUGCAGCCAACGUUUCCAGUUUGAGUUCCCCUACGUGGCGCAUCUGCGAUUCCGCUGCCCCAAGAGACUUCACAGCGCUGAUGCGAAUCCCCAAGACCAGCAAAGUGGCGGCGUGGGUACCAAGGACCACGGCGGCGGCGGUGGCAAAGAGCAGCAGCAGCAACAACAACAGCAACAGCAACAGCAGCAGCAGCAGCAGCAGCAGCAACAGGAGGCGCCCUUGGUCCCGGGCCCCAAAUUCUGCAAAGCCGGCCCCAUGCACCACUACCCGGCUCCGUCCCCGGAGGCUAACAACCCACCGGCAGCCGCAGGUGCGGGCAGCGCCAAGCCGUCCACAGACUUCCACAACCUGGCUCGGGAACUCGAAAACUCCCGGGGAGGCAGCAGCUGUUCCGCGGCCCCGAGCGUCGGCGGGAGCCGCACCGGCCACCAGGAGGCGGAGCUGAGUCCCGACGGCGUCGCCGCGGGCGGCUGCAAAGGGAAGAGGAGGUUCCCGGAGGAGGCGGCCGCGGAGGGCGGCGGCGCGGGGCUGGCGGGUGGCCGUGCGCGCUUCUCCGAGCGGCCGCUGGCGACCUCCAAGGAGGAGCUGGUGUGCACGCCGCAGCAGUACCGCGCCGCCGGCAGCUACUUCGGCCUGGAGGAGAACGGCCGGCUCUUCGCGCCGCCCAGCCCCGAGACCGGAGAGGCGAAGCGCAGCGCCUUCGUGGAGGUGAAGAAGGCCGGCCGCGCGGCGGGCUUGCAGGAGGAGGCGGCGGCGGCGGACGGCGCGGGAGGCACAGUCGAGGACCCCGACGCGGGAGGCGGUGGCGGCGGCGGUGGCUCGACCACGCCCGCGGCCGUGUCGCCGGGGGGCGCCGAGAAGCUGCUGGCCCCGCGGCCCGGAGGUGCGCUGCCCGGCCGGCUGGAGGGCGGGAGCCCCGCGCGCGGUAGCGCCUUCACCUCUGUGUCGCAACUGGGCGGCGGUGGCGGUGCCGGGACCGCGGGGACCGCGGGGGGCGCGGGGGGCGGUCAGGCGGCUGCCUCGGACGAGCGCAAGAGCGCCUUCUCGCAGCCGGCGCGCUCCUUCUCGCAGCUGUCCCCGCUGGUCCUGGGCCAGAAGCUGGGCGCACUGGAGCCGUGCCACCCGGGCGAUGGCGUGGGCCCCACCAGACUCUACCCGGCCGCCGCCGAUCCGCUGGCCGUGAAGCUGCAGGGGGCCGCGGACCUGAACGGAGCCUGCGGGCCCCUGGCGAGCGGAGGCGGAGGUGGCCUGCCCAAGCAGAGCCCCUUCCUCUACGCCACCGCCUUCUGGCCCAAGAGCUCGGCUGCGGCGGCGGCAGCGGCGGCGGCGGCCGCGGGGCCCCUGCAGCUGCAGUUGCCCUCGGCGCUCACGCUGCUGCCGCCCUCCUUCACCUCGCUGUGUCUGCCCGCGCAGAACUGGUGCGCCAAGUGCAACGCCUCCUUCCGCAUGACCUCCGACCUGGUGUACCACAUGCGGUCUCAUCACAAAAAGGAGUAUGCCAUGGAGCCCCUGGUGAAGCGGCGGCGAGAGGAGAAGCUGAAGUGCCCCAUUUGCAACGAGUCCUUCAGGGAGCGUCACCACCUCUCCAGGCACAUGACCUCGCAUAACUGAUGCGGAAGGGACCCCGGCUUUCCAGGCGCGUGCACGCACCGUCAAGUCACCGGCAGGAACAGACACGCGAGGACAUCCACCACUUCCUAAUGCCCCCAAACACUGCAACCAAACACGUGCAACACACAGGUCCCUCCCCUGGACAGGAGCCUCAUCAUCCAAAUGUUAAACGUGGGACACA